CUUCCACUCAUUCUCUUGGCUCCUCUGCUGUGUCCUUAGAACAUGCCUGGGUUAAACUGCUAACUGAUGACAAAUCUCCCCAGCCAAGAGCCCGUCCACAGCUAGACAGCUGCUAGGCAAGUGAGUGAGUCCCAGUAGAAUCCAGAACAGGUGCUCAGGUAAACCCAACCAAUAUCAGCAGAGCUGUGUAGAUGAUCUGCUUUUGCAUGAGUGAGCCCAGGUGAGACCAGAAGAACCACCAAGCUAAACCAAGUCGUGUAAGCAAAAUAAGGGCUAUGUCACUUUAAGCCACUGGCAUCACUAUGACAGGAGAUAACUGAUAAAACUCCCUUUCUGACCUCCAAAUCAAAACUUCUUUGCAUAUUCAAACACCUGUCUGCGAAGCUCAGCAAAUAGCCAAACUCUAAUUCUCAGUCCGGCUUCAACCAGGACACUCUACUGCCCUUACAACAGUUCUGUGAGAGAAAGCUAUAGCAAGAUGGAGACAUUUUAAUUUAGCAGAUGUCCAGGAGGCCGAAGAGGAAGGUAGUCAGCCUUCUGGGAAAGUGCCAUGUGAGGAGAUCAGGAGUGGGAGGUCCUUUCAGUCUUCUGCAGGACUACAAGAUCACAGUAAGUUGGUGUGAUGGCAGUUCUUACGGAAACUGGCAAAGGAAACCAAGCUCCCCAUUUUGGGCUGAAGUGGGACUGAACAGAGACAGAAAGCAGCGGAAAAAAGGGAGAAGGAAUCAUGGAGAAACUCUUAGCUGUCCCAGGCCCUGGAACUGAGUCUACAAACAAGCUUACCUAAAAUCUUUGAGGGCAGGGACUCCAGUGGGAAUCCGAGUUACAUACUGUUGACCUCAUUUUAUAGCCUGUCGUUCUCUGCUUUCUCAGGAAACAAAUGGGAUGAAAGUCCAAGGCUGAAACUUCCUCCCUGUUGUGUUUGACAAGGACUGACGUCCUCUAGGUCCUUUAAACCCCGGAAGUCCAAGACACACCCGACGCUGCUGAUUGCAGCGUCCCAAUGCUGGGGCCGUAAGUAAAAGGACAGAAGCAAAAAACCAUUCAACAUGAGGGACCCACUGACAGAUUGUUCGUAUAAUAAAGUAUACAAGAACCUAAAGGAGUUUUCUCAGAAUGGAGAGAAUUUCUGCAAGCAGAUCACAUCCGUUCUUCAGCAAAGAGCAAACCUGGAGACUAGCUAUGCCAAGGGACUUCAGAAACUGGCAAUCAAGCUGAGCAAAGUAUUACAGAGCACGAAGAGAAACUGCCUCAGCAUCGCCUGGACCUGGGCCUCGGAGGGCAUGAAAUCCGCAGCGGACCUGCAUCAAAAACUUGGCAAAGCAAUUCAGCUGGAAGCAAUAAAACCGACUCAUCAAGUCCUGAGUAUGCAAGAGAAGAAAAGAAAAGCACUUGAUAACGAAGUUGAAAAGGCAGCAAAUCUUGUCAUUAACAACUGGAACCAGCAAAUUAAGGCCAAGAAGAAAUUAAUGGUGAGUACCAAGAAGCAUGAAGCACUUUUCCAUCUUGUAGAAAGUUCCAAGCAAUCUGUGACUAAGAAGGAAAAGCAGAAGCUCCUCAAUAAACUGAAAAAAUCAACUGAGAAUUUGGCAAAGGAAGAAGAAAAUUACUACCAAAAAAACAUGGCUGGCUAUUCUACAAGGCUGAAAUGGGAAAGCACACUAGAAAACUGCUACCAGAGCUUCCUGGAGCUGGAGAAGGAAAGAAUCCAACUUUUAUGCAAUAACUUAAACCAGUACAACCAGCAUAUUUCUGCUUUUGGUCAAACUUUGACCAUGUGCCACACCCAGAUUAACUGUGCCAUCAGCAAGGUAGAUGCCGAGAAAGAUAUUCAGUCUCUAAUGGAAGAAGCUGCAAUUUCGACUACAGAAAAAAAAUCUGAGUUCCUACUAAUUGAUUAUUUUGAGGAAGAUCCUAACAAUUCAAUGGAUAAAGAGAGACGAAAGUCUUCAAUAAAAUCAAAAUUGCUGAGACUGCAAAGAGAUAUUGAAAAAGCCUCGAAGGAUAAAGAAGGCCUGGAACAAAUGCUUAAUGCGUACUCCAGCAACUCCUCUUUCUCGGAUGGAAAGAACCAGAAAGACACGGCAGCAUUAAUGGAUGAGACCAAUUUGAAGCUAGACCUUUUGCAAGCAAAUGCCUACAAACUGUCAUCAAUAUUAGCAGAACUUGAGCAAAGACCUAAACCCACACAUCCCUGUAGCACCUGCAUCUUCAAGUGGAAAGAAAAGGAGCAGACACAUAGCUAUGUGAAAAUAUCCCGGCCUUUUAUGAUGAAGAGACUAGAGAAUAUUGUGAGCAAGGCUUCUUCUGGUGGGCAGAACAAUCCAAGUUCUUCAUCUUAUUUAGCCUCUGAUGUGCCCCAGCUCAGCAACGGUCUUUGCAAAGCCUUAUAUUCUUUCCAAGCCAGGCAAGAGGAUGAAUUGAAUUUGGAAAAAGGUGACAUUGUGGCUAUACAUGAGAAAAAGGGAGAAGGAUGGUGGUUUGGAUCUUUAAAUGGAAAGGAAGGCCAUUUUCCUGCCGCUUAUGUGGAGGAGCUGCCUUCAAAUACUGGGAACGCAGCUACAUAGUCAUAAAACAAGACUGAACAUAUCACCUUGGACACUCUGUAAACCCUAAAAUGUGGUGUAAAUAAAGAUAAAAAUUGUGUUAUCUUUUC